GACGAAGGACGAAAGAGGGAUGAGAUCUACACAAGUACGUGAUUGUAGUCGAGAAUCGAACCCAGACAGCUGGGACUUUUGACUUUUGCCAGCAUCCAUUCUUCAUGUCAUCGGCAUAUCGGAUAUUUUCGGGAGGCACGGACGCAGGCCUUUCGGUUCCCCGCGACUGAAAUCACUCACGACCGACAAAGACGAUUUCUCCAGCAACGAAGUAGUACGUGCGGCAGACGGUAGUGAGCACGUCGUCAGGUUGGCUCGAUGCUGGCAAGUAGGGGAAGAGCUCACGUAAGAGUAGUACGCGAUGAGCUGUGAUGCAGGCACAGGGAACCCUUUCUGAGAUGCAGUACGUCUGCGCAAAGAUCCUUUCACUACUGAAAUAGAUCCCCCGCAUGCUUUACUACUACUGUGCGCACUGUAGUUCUGCAGAACGCACCUUUUCUGCACUUUACAUGACCAACAUCGAGGCUUUUCACUGACUGAUCCUAUUUAAUUACCUCACCAUUCAGCCAUGCCCCCUUCAACAAGUCCUUCCGAACCUGCCGCUUUCUCUCUUUCCCCUUCACCCUCAUCCUCAACCUCAAAGCACGCCUUUCAGGCCCGCUUCCCUCCUACCGAUACCACUACCGCCUCUCGCCGCGUACAUUCCGCCUGAAUUCAUGCACAUGUACCCAUCUCCGCAACCCCCCAAUUUCUGCCGAGGCUUACGUCCACAUCAUGCUCGAUAGGUUCGACAAGGUUUGGUCAAGGCUGGUAGACUUCACGAUGACUAGGGACGUGUCUCUCGCUGCGGAGAGGGUGGUCAUGCACGUGAGAAGAAGUGGGAUUGAGCUUUGUCAUUUGGUUGGGAGGGAGAUGGGAAAGGAAAGAGGUUAGUGUGCUUUUUCUCGUACCGGGUCGUGGAGGAGAAGUAGGGCACAGAUGGGUUGCUGAGAUGAUCGUUCAUUUAAAAAAUGGGGAGGAAAAAGGGUUGGAGAAUGUUGCGAGUCGGUAUUGGUACGACUGGGAGGAUUGGACAGUGUCCCAACCUUGGGAUUAUGCCAAGGAAGAUGGUAAGGAAGAAGUCAAGGUAGAUAUACCGGAUAAGAGAGAAGAGGUACCUCGGCAAGUUGUCAUGAACCGCUUAGCGGAGGUGGUUGAGAGUGUGGGAGGAUGUACCCUCCCCCGGCCGGAAUUUGACAUGCGCGUGCAGAGAGUCGCUGAAGAGAUCAAAAUGUUUGACGAAAGAGGGUACCAAUUUAGAAUCGAAAAAGUUUCGAGGCAGAUGACGAAACGCAAGACCUACCCGCUUGUGAGAUUAGCAGUCAUGGUGAUGAAAGGGAGGGAAAAGGUCAGGACACCUGGAGCGGUGAUGCUGAUAGAGCUUGGUGAAAAAAAGGGAUUAGCAAGGAGUCAUGUCAAGGGCUUUGCAGUGUUCUACGAAGGAGAAUGGCCAGUCUGUCAUCAAUAUAGGUCGUCCAUCCCACCACCAACGCUAGAAGGGUUAAAGCAGCUGUUAGAAGGAUAACAGACAACUGAAGCCCGUGAGAUGUGAAUGCAUAUAUGCUUAGAAUGGUAAUGAUGGUCGUCCCUUGACCUUUUCGUCCGCCUUGUU